AUGCGCGACAGCGCCGCCCGCCUCCUCCUGCUCCUCUCCGAGUACCACCCGCUCGUGAUUGAGGGCAUGGGCUCCUACGACGCGCGUGCUCCCGGCACGGUCGCAGCCACUGUGAGCCGGCUGCUCAGGCAGCGGUGGGAGGCCUCGCCGCCCGGCAAGCCCGUCAUCCUCGUGACUCAGGGCGACCCGCUCGCUGCUCGCGGCAUCUCGGCAAUCACAAGGGCCGUCGCCUCGGAGCUGUCGCUGCCGCGCGCGCUCGUCUGCCUCGACGACUCCAUCGACCCGAGCCAUUCGAGAGACGCCGACCGCGACGGCGUAAUUCUCGAGCUCCGCUACUCGAUGCUCGCGGGCGUGCUCGAGCCGCCGGGCGCAGCGCCGGCGAGCCUUGCAGCGCUGACGCGUGCGGUCGACUCUUCCCUCGCGGCGAAGAAUGCGGCGCGCGAGGCGGAGGGCAAGCCGCGGCUAAAGGAGUACUACCGGGACUAUGCCUUGCUGCAGGAGGUGACCAAGGCGGCGCUGAGGGCCGCCUGCGGCGGUGUCACCGUGGCUCACACGGCCGAGGAGAUCAGCCCCUUCUCCGUGACCUCGUUCUACGAGGCGGGCCUCGCGGUGGGUGCCGUAAACGAGUCGGACAUGGUGCGUUUUACGAGCGAGCGAGAGUGCGCUCGCGAGAGAUAA